AUGGCGGGCAACAUCGCCCUGACCAGUGAAGACCUUGCCUACGAUCUCGAUUCAAGAGGCGCCUCCUUCUUCCGAGACCAUGCCUGGCCUAUACCAAUCGACCAAGUAGCUGCUACUCGGCCAGAUCCCAGGAGGAACAUUUCUCCCAUCCAGACCAACAGUCAUGGCCUGCGGCAGACCACGAUGGCAGAACAUCCCAUGAUGGAUACUUGGAGGUUCCAGCAGCACCAGCACCAGCACCAUCAACAACCCCAGGCACAGCAGUCCAGUCUCGACUAUGCCAACCAGCAACAACAGUACGAUUUGCAUUACGAUGCCCAGUUCCACGGCAUUCCUCUACAUCAUUCCCACAUGACCAUGAUGCCCGUGUCGCAGGCUCCUUUAGCACCCGGCUUGUCGCUUGAAGCCUCUUACCUCCCCCUCGAGUCGGGCAUUGAAGGCAUGCCACAGAAUUGGGCCGAACUCCAGAGCGAGUUGAUCAGCUAUACCACCACGGACGUCGGGCUUGCCGUUUCACCAUAUCAGCACAUGACGAGCUCUCCCACCGGGUCUCACCUCGAAGUCCUCUCGCAACCCAGCUCUUGUGACGAACACGGAUGGACAAUGGUUGAGCCUCGAAACUCCUUUGAGUAUGAACGACAAUUUUUCGUUGAUCCCAAUCAAACCGUGCACAAUAGGACUUUGUCCGAAUCGUCAUAUUCAGAUCUUGAGCAGCAAAGUCAUGGCACAUUCAUGUCUAAUCUCGACAUGGGUGCUUCCCAAGCAGUCUACUCCCCGACCACUUUGUCAGACAGCGACUUUGAAUACACAGGACAUACUCACCGCCUGUCAAUAGACCACGGUUCAGCUCCGUCUAUGAGCGUCAACCCGUCGGCGCUCGUGCGUCCCAUCCCCAUCCCCUCGGCCAAGUCAUCCGCACCGUCGAUACGAUCACCCGGUUCCCAAGGCUCCGGCAGCUCCCCUGGCCGCAAGCCUUCCAGAAAAAGUCCGAUAGCGGCCAAGUCGACAGACAAGGUCAUGAAGAAGUCAUCACCCGGUGGAAAGGCCGAAGGGGAAAAGAGGGUCGGACGAAGAAAGGGACCGCUCCGUCCUGAGCAACGAAAACAAGCCAGUGAGAUUCGGAAGUUGAGGGCCUGUUUGAGAUGCAAGUUCUUGAAGAAGACGUGCGACAAAGGAGAGCCUUGUGCUGGAUGCCAACCCUCACACGCCCGCCUGUGGCAAGUCCCUUGCACUCGCAUCGACAUCAAGGAGAUUGGCUACUUUUUGAAGGAUUGGAAGUUCGACUACGAGAGACACAUUUCGCUCGGCUUCUCUGUGGGUAACAUCAAGGGUUUCUCCGACACGGAAAAGACGCUGUUCAUCACUCACGGCUACGGCCAUAUGCUCCCUGUGACCGCUCGAGAAGUCUACGUCAGGGAUGAGACAUGUCUGAAGAUGGACUGGAUCGAGGCCAACUCAUUCGCGCCUGACGGCUACGAAGUUUCGACGGCUAAACUCUCGGCUGGCAUGGAAGGCAUCUCGACGACCAUGCUGAGUGAUUACCUCGACCGACACAUUGACGGGACUGGCACAUUUGAGAAGUUUGUGGACGACUACUUUGAGGGAACACCCUUCCUCUCACAAAUGCUCAAGACGGCGUACCGCUUCUACUUCAAGACCGGAUCGAAAAUCAUCAAGAAGGCGUUGAAGCUGAUGCUAGCCUACAAUCUGACUCUGCAUAUUACCAUGGUCGAGGGUGUGCCCAGUGAAGAGUCUUUUGUUGGCAAGAUCGAGGAACAGACGUCCAAAUUCUUUGGCAAGACGAUGGCGCCGGUCAUGAUCAACUUCCAGAUCAAGUGUGCCAUGGCCGACAUGUGGCGUGAAUUGCACAAGGAUGUUCUGGAAGAAUUGUCCAGUCUGUACUCGAGCGUGUACAGUGGAGACAAGCUCAAAAACUGGCCCACCAUCUUCAUCCUCGCAUCAGUUUUGCUGGCCGUGUGGGAGUGCAUGCAGUUUGACUGCCACUACCGUGUACCGGACAACGCGGCCGUGGAGAAGUUCUGCAACGACAUGGAAACUACUCCCGUCGGUGUCGUGGUCGGCCUUUUCCAGGCCAUCUCUCAAAAGCUCCCGUCGUUCCUUGAGUGGGACACCUCCAAGCACCAUGCACUCCUGGCAUCCAACAUGGAUGUGUGCAACACCAUGAGCGAAGUCCGCGAACAUGUUACGAGAUAUGAAAACUACUUACGAGGUCGACCUAACGCACGGUUCGACCGCAAAGACUUUGAUUCGUUGUCGAACAAGUUCCUUGCCAAACUUGUGAUUCGAGCGAAUUAG